AUGCUCCAUGAGAUCCUUCUCUCCCUGUCCGGCCAACCCUCGCCUCUGCUCGACUUGGAGUAUGAAAGCAGCGGCACGUCUUCAAGUCCCUUCCCUCUUCUGUCACCACCAGAGAAAGCGUUGCUCGCGUCCCUCGCUCGCCUAAGCCGACUGCAUGCCCUUCUCCGCACCCAUACCGCCCGUAUAUCGUCCUCCCACCCCUCAACGAUUUGCCGCGCCGUAUCUAGUGCCAUAUCAAUUGAUGGACUUGGAAAAUUUCAGAAGCAGAUACUUGAUGUCGAAAGAGCAGUCCUAGGCAAUGAUAGCAACUAUGUUGGCGGAUAUGGGAUUGUGCCGCUUUCCACUUUGGUGUCGGAAUUUUCUCCUUGGACACGGAGGUUGGAAUGGCUAUGGGGUGUAGCUUCCUUUAUACUGCCUGAAUCUUCUGCAAAGGAUACGACGACAUGUACGAGUGGUGCUAGUCUCAUCGACUAUCUUCGUUCGGAGUCUCAAACUGGCUAUCUAGAUUUGCAGGAGAUCGCUUUACAACUCAUCAAAGCCGCCGAAACAGCCUGGAUGCGACAAUUGUCAAUGUGGCUUUUGUACGGAGAACUACCGACAUUUGGCAAGGAAGACUUUUUUGUGCAGGCGACUGAGGUUGAGCUUGAAGAUGAUGAAUUGAGUUCUUCAGGCAAGAGAAAUGUGGACUACGUUUUGCAUAACGACUUGUUACCCAAUUUUGUUUCGGCGUCGACGGUAUCCUCGAUCUUGUUCAUUGGAAAAUCUCUAAAUCACAUCCGUAGCCAGAGGAACCGCUCAACGGCCGACAACGCGACAGGAUCUAUCACAGGUAUUACUUUGGAGACAGACCAUCUUCGACAACUGUCAUCUCUCAAGUCACCAAUCUCGACUUCGCUCCUUGCAAAUGCAGUGACUGCUAUCAGACUUUCAGUCUCGCAAACCUCCCUAUCCAAGUUAUUGCCACUGCCGAAGAUUGUCGAGAUUCUCUCCCUGAUCCAUGACUUUCUACUCCUAGGUCGUGGUGAAUUUGUGACCUCGCUUGUUUCGAAUGCAGAUUCCCGACUUCACGCUCGCAACGCUAGGCCUGGGGUUACAGCUGCAGCAGGAUUAGAUGGUGUUAUGAUCAAGGACGGUGAGGUUGCGGCAGCGCUAGCGCAGACAUGGACAGAACUCUAUGCUCUACAGAGUGAAGAGGCUCCGGUGGAUGAAGAGCUAGAUCUUGCCCGAGAAUUACUUAGUUUGUCUAUACAACCCUCAAAGAAAAGCGAUCGAACAGCGACCCCUUUUCAGGACAAUCCGGGCACAAAUAUAACGACAAAAAUUUCAUCGGUUUCAUUUGCAGACCUUUUAUUUCCAGCCGAAACUGCUUUGUCGCUCAAGAUUCAACCACCUAUUGAUCUAUUCUUGUCUAACUCGGACAUGUCAGUUUAUUCCACUAUGCAUUCAUACCUCCUCGGUAUCCGCCGCGCUCAAUUACGAUUGGGCAGUUUAUGGAAACACACAACCAUGCGUCGUCUACAUCCAUCUCCUCUAGGACCACCACGGAGCAAUACUCGUGGUGGCCAACAUCAUUUACAAACACAACGGCAGAGACACAAUGAGCGAAGUGUUCAGAUGCGACAGGUUUGGGCCACCGCUAGUGCAUCGUUAUUUGUCCUUUCGGAAAUCGGAGGCUACUUGCAAGGCGAGGUGAUUCAAGAAUCAUGGCAGCAUUUUCAGACUUGGCUUGAACGAGGUCCAACAAAUUCUGCUGUGAGCACUUCGCGACCAGGAUCGCAGCAUGAUUCAUUGAUAGCGUCAAAAUCAAGAGGCAGUUUUGCGCAGCAUAAACAAUUUAGACCCACCACAGCAAAUUCGGCAAUAGCGCCAGCAGCGCAACAACAUGAUCCCGAAACAAUCACAGUAGCACAUCGUCGCUACCUCUCUUCCCUUACACAGUCACUUUUCCUGAAUGAGGUACCGUUCACCAGCUCCCUAAGAUCAUUUCUCACCAGCCUCGAUCAUCUCAUCGCUCUUGUUUCUCGAUUAGAGACUGUCCAACGCAAUCUCGACUUGGAAGCGGACGAAGGUGUGGUAGACUCAUUGGCGGAUUAUGGCAAAGAAGAAAGCACAAUCAAAGAUGACUUACGAGACGCGCAUAAAGCCGUUCAGACCAGUAUCAAAGAUAUCAUCUCCCGUCUGCGUGAUAUAGAUGAUAGCCGAUCCGUCGAUCAGGGUCAUAGAACAAUUUUUGAAGCUACGGAAUCUGGAGCGUCAAUGGAAGAUCGAAACAUGUAUAUUCCUCGCAAAGCAGCGGGGGUUGACCAAUUGUUGAUGAAGUUGGACUUUGCGGGGUUGAAUGAUAACUCUGGGUUUGUCGAUGAUGAAGCGGAUGGUGAUAUUGUGCAAGGUUAUGAUUGA